GCCAUUCUCCUGCCUCAGGCUCCCGAGUAGCUGGGACUACAGCCGUUCACCACCACGCCGGGCUAAUUCUUUUUAUUAAUUUUUUUAGUAGAGAUGGGGUUUCACUGUGUUAGCCAGGAUGGUCUCGAUCUCCUGACCUCGUGAGCCACCCGCCUCGGCCUCCCAAAAUGCUGGGAUUACAGGCGUGAGCCACAGCGCUCAGCCGGAUCUGUGAAGGUUUUAUGAGCAAAAAGGGAAAACAGUGCGGGGCCACUUUUGAAACUGUAACAAAUGGGACAACUUUGUAUACUUCUGCACAACGUAAGUGAAUCUGUCAAGCUUUUAUGUGCAAACGGAUCUCUGAGCUAGUGAAAUGGUUUUGAUCAAAAUCUAAAAGAAUUUGGGGAGUGUAGAUAUAAAAGGGAGUUAAAGCCAGAGUAACAGGUGUUGUGAACACAGAGAGGAAGAACCAGUAGGUUUCGAGUGAGGACAGAGAGUGUCGCCCCGGCCGCAGCCUGGGGGGCUGCAUUUCUGGAGGGAUCAUCUCUUGCCCCUAACUGACGACUCCUGCAGAGUGACGCGUGCCUGGGACAGCGUCUGCUGGGACCAGGGUGGACGGACACCUCAAAUAAGUGGGCCAGGGACCUGGGCCUGGGCCCCUCGGACUGGCAGGCACGUCCGCACCCCCGCGCCUCGCGCUCUCUACGGAAGCAGCCGCCCCCACGGAGCGGGCGGAGGCCCGGGGGCCGGGAGCGCGCGGGGAGGCUCCGGGACUGAGGCGGCGCCACCGCCUCCCGCCUGCAGCUGGAGCGCGGGCCGCCGCGGCGACAUCUUGCUCAGGAGGAAAGCGCGCGGGAGAGCGAGCUGCGCUUUAGCUGCUGCGCCACGCGCGCCUCGGGCCUGGGCGCAGAGGAUCGGCCGGGCGCGGCGGGAAGGAGGUAAGGCAGCCCCGCGGGACCGCACGCCUAGCUCAGGGGACGCCUCCGGAGACCCCAGGACCACCCGAUCACGGGCCUCGACGCUCCCCUACCUCGCUCCUCCUCCCGCUCAGCCCCAGUCUCCUGCGGUCCUCUCGCCCCAGCCCGCAGCCUCCCUGCCUUCCGCCCUCUGAGCAGCCCUCCUCGGCGGCGCGCCCCUCGACCCCAGCAGCCCGGGUCCCCGCCUCUGCUCUUGGUCCCGGCCGCCGGGUGAGGCCGCCCCCGCCCCGCCCCCGCCCCGCCCCCUCCCCGCCCUAGCCGGGACCCGCCCCCUGCUCCCGUCCGGGCGGGGCUCCGGGUUUAAACGUCGCGGCGGGCAGGGCCGGCGGAGGGGCGGGGCGGCCUCUGUGUCGUGUACCGGGUCCCGUAGGCUGCAGGCAGCGAGGAGCGGCUGGCGCUCGAGGCGGCGGACGGCACCAUGUCCCCGGGGAGCGGGGUGAAGAGCGAGUACAUGAAGCGCUACCAGGAGCCGCGCUGGGAUGAGUACGGGCCGUGCUACCGCGAGCUGCUGCACUACCGCCUAGGCCGCCGGCUGCUGGAGCAGGCGCACGCGCCCUGGCUCUGGGACGACUGGGGCCCGGCCGGCUCCUCGGAGGACUCGGCGUCGUCAGAGUCGUCGGGCGCCGGGGGCCCCGCGGGCCCCGCACCCCGGUGCGCCCCGCCCUCGCCCUCGCCCCCGCCGCCCGUAGAGCCGGCGGCCCAGGAGGAGGCGGAACGGCGGGCGCGCGGGGCCCCGGAGGAGCAGGACGCGGAGGCCGGGGACGCGGAGGCCGAGGACGCGGAGGAAGCGGCUCUGCCAGCACUGCCAGUGAAAGAUGUAGAAGAUAAACCUGAACAACAAACCAGAACAAGAGAGACUGACAAAUCACCCACCAGUACUGAGCCUCGACAGCAACCAAGUGCCUUAUUUGCUAGAGGAAACAGGAAAGCGGUCAAAAGUCCCCAAAGAUCAUCGAGUAAAAUAAAAGAAAACAAGCAUCCAUUUGCUCUUUAUGGCUGGGGAGAAAAACAGACCGAUACAGGAAGCCAGAAGACUCACAACGUCUGUGCGUCCGCUCCUGUGCACGAGAUUCAUGAAUCAGCAUUACGAGCCAAGAACAGAAGACAGGUGGAAAAAAGGAAACUGGUUGCUCAAAGGCAGCGUGCUCACUCUGUGGAUGUGGAGAAGAACAGAAAGAUGAAGGCUUCCUCCUCAGAGAACCCGUGGAUGACAGAAUACAUGAGGUGCUAUUCGGCAAGAGCUUAAAGAAACACUUGCGUGGACAGCCUCUUUUAAAAAGUGUAAAUGACUGAAAGGAAACACAAAACAAAAACCAUCAAAAGAAACUGGACACAGGUUUAAGAAACCAACUGAUUAUGCAAGGUUUUUUUUAGGGAAUUUGUAAAAGAUUGUUUUAUUUUGAUGAAUAUUGGUCACCUACCUCGGCAGUAGGGCAGACAGUUGAAGCCAUAGACAUUUGGUUAUUUAUGAAGAUAAUUCCCUAAAUCUUUGAUAUUCUUAUAAGGUUUUUGUUUUAAAGCAUCUUAAUCUUUUAAGAUACUGACACCAAAUGCCUUUAAAUGGCAACAGAUGCUUACAGUUCAGUAUUCUUUUCAUAAGCUUAGGUAGAGCCUAUUAUCAUCUUGUUCUAAAUAACUUUCCAGAUUCCAUAGCUAUAAUAUCAUUCCAUCCUACAGCAUAAGACUCAUUUUCCUUAUAUGCCGUUUUGUUUGUGAAAGAAUAUCAAGUCAAAAAUGAGUGUCAGCACUACUACUGAUUCCAUGUAUAAUGAAAGUAGAACUUCGCUAGUUCCUGAAAAUUUUUAACUUAUUUGUAUUUCAGUUCAGCAGCAUCUUUAUGUAGAUUGUGAUAUUUAAGAAUUAUCUGGGCUGGGCAAGGGUCUCUUUUUCUCUUUCAGUGAUCAUCUAGGCAGUUAUUAUUUAAUAGUUUAAUAGCUCAAGUACAUUCCAAUAGACGAAGUGCACACAACACAAUAUGUGUGUACAGUAGUAGUAAAGUUUCUUUUGAGUAGUCAAAGACUCACUUUUUUUAUUGCCUUUUUUUUUUUUUUUUUUAAGAAUACAUACUGUGGAUUCAGUCCCUUGUCACACUUGACCUUUUGGCAUACAUACACCCACUGUGGACUUUUGCCUCUUCUGUAAUGGCUGGCAAUGACAUUUCAAACUUACAAUUUGGAAUUGCACUUGGUACAUUGGCAUUGCUUGUUCCACUGGGAUGGGGACCAGUGUGAAGAUGCCUGUUAGAUAGACUGCCCACCCCUACUUUCUCUUUUUCUUUAUAGCACUUAACAGUAACAAAGUCUUGAUGAUGUACAGUAUUCAAACUUUAGGUUGAAAUACAUUACUCUUUGAUUCCUAGCCAGUAGAUCUUAUCUACACUUUAAUGGGAGAGAAUGGUGGUGUGUGGGUAGGCACAAAUUUAUGUAAAUAGUGCUCCUUCUCUUUAGUAUGUUUGCUUUGGGGGUAGAAAAAUGGUUUUAACAAACACUGGUUUCCAUCAAAUGAAUGAUGUCUUCUCCAUCCUGUGGAGACAAGAAUCUGCUAGAAGGAUAUGUGCUAAGUUCCUUAUAAGAGAUAAUGGUGCUCUGCCUAUGCCAGCUUGGCACCCGAAGAUGUGUGAGUGGACGUGAGGCUGAGUAUUACCUUAGUAUUUUUCUCUGGGUCUUUGGAAAACCAUAGUCAAUUUUUAGAACAUAUUGCUUUCAUUCCCCAUAAACUCUUCACACAUGAUAACUGUUUAAGCUUUGAAAACACAUACUGAAGUAUUGUGAGCUUAAAAAAACUUUUUAAAUAUUUGCAUAGUUUUGAGGUGAAUUUGUUUCCUUACAGAUCUCUCCUAAUCAUUGAGAUGUAUAUUUCAAAAGAGGAAAUUUUACAUGUUGUCCAAAACAGCCUUGCUAGUAACUGGUGAAUUUUGGUAUUAACUAUUAUUAAAGUCUUUAAACGACACAGGUACCUAAAGAUCACCUUAAUGUGGCAAUUUGUGAUGGUGUAGCUAGCUGAUUGUGAAAACCGUUCCUUUAAAGUCGCUUCUUGCAUGUUCGGUGUUAGCCAUCCAGCUCAGGCUUGUGUUGCAGCUGACAAUCUAGGAAAGACGGCCUUAGAGAGUGGUUCAGGCCCCACACUGACGGACUGCCUUAGAAACCCUACUUCCUCUAGACUUUGAACCGCCAGACUUUUCUCUUGUUUAGAAAACACUUAUAUUUAAUGUACUUACUACUUAAAACUCCAGACAGAGAUAAAACGUAGAAGGCAAAUAUUGGCCAAUUUUUUCCUCUUUUUAAGUGGAAGACAAAUGAAUGGGAUUUUUAAAGUGCUUUUAAAGUGCAUGAAUGGUUAAUAAAUCAGUAUGAAUUGUAAGCCUUCAUCUUACGCCCAAGUCCUUAGUUGGUUAGGGUUUCUUUUCUUUCUUUUUUAAAGAGUGUCAAUUACCUUUUGAACCUGUGAAAAUUUGAUAGUUGUUAACAGUCUGAUGGUCCUAAUUCUUUCUUUUCAUUCUAGAAAUGAAUGUGGUUGUAAUCAUGUUCCUAAUUCUUGGGACAACCUGCAAGACAGUGAGACAGUUUAAAAAUUACCUUUCAUGUUGAAAAAGUCUGAAACGGAGAACCCAAUGAUAUUUAAAAAAAUGCUACAUAAAACUCUUUUUAAAAUUUUGAUUUUAACUUCUUAAUUAAAACAGUGUCAUAAAUAUGCUUUUUGAUUUUGUUACUGCUUUUAAUAUAAAAGUAAUAGAGUAUUGAAGCAAUAUUGUCUAGCACUCUGCUGGACAUUAAGUCCGCGGGAGGAGAAGUGAACAGGAAUCGAUUCUUUGUCUUUUAACUGCCCUUAGUUAGGAGCUGUUAAAAUACUUGGCACCUCUGGUUAUAUGUAUGUUAUGUAUGUUCUCCCCCCUAAAAUUUCUAAGCACAUUUAUUCACUUUUAAAAUGAAUCUUUAAAAGAUUAUAGUUAGUAGUUAUAGUUAAUAUUCUAUUUACUUGGAAAAAUGUGAAUAAAUGGAUCUUCAAAAGAUUCAUUUUAAAAAUGAAUAAAUGUAUAAUAGGCUAUAGGUGAUCUUACUUGCGUAUUAGGUAGGAGGCACAUAUUUAUACCAUUUCAUAUGUAAUAUCUUUGUCAUUGUGUUUCAUCGAAGAUCAAUUGCUAGCAACUUGAAGGGUAUUUAUACUUGGGUCACUUGAACUCAGCUGACUAAAUUGUAAGAACGAGAGCAAGCAAGAUGGCUGUUAUUGGAAGCCAUAACUUCCAGAAGAUAAUUCUGCACAAUUCGUAAGUUAAAAAAAAUCUGUAAGGUCUUCCACUAUCCUUUUUCAGGUUGAUAAUGCUGUUCUGGGCACAGACUUUGUAAAUGGAAUGUUGUGGUACAGUCGCCUCUCAGUAUCCAUGGGGCAUUGGUUCCAGGCCUCCCUUAGGAUGCCAAACUCCAUGGAUACUCAAACCCCUUCUAUAAAAUGGUGUAGUAUUUGCAUAUAUCCUAGACACAUCCUCCUGUAUGCUUUAAAUCAUCUCUAGAUUACUUAAAAUACCUAAUACAAUGUAAAUGCUCUGUAAAUAGUUGUUAUACUAUAUUGUUUAGGGAAUAAUGACAAGGAAAAAAAAGCCUGUACAUGUUCAGCACAAGUGAAACCAUCCUUUUUUCCCCCAAAUAUUUUCAAUUUGUAUUUGGUUGAAUCCAUGGAUGCAGAACUCACGGAUACAGAGGGCCGACUGUACUUUCUUUAAAGUGUUCAAAAGUAUUACUAGCAAAGAGGAGGAGGAGCAAAGCAUAGAUCAGAAGUAAAACAAUUUUUCUUGUUGACUGCUUUGGUAAAAAAGAGUUUGAUGGAUAGUUUUACAUUUCACUGGACUAGAUAAAAAAUGGUGCUAAUAUUUAUGUAGCUUGAUGCUAUAGUUGCUUUGGUAUCAAACUUAAUACCUAACCCAUAUAAGAUCCUUAUUAUAUAAUUUUGUGAUCAGUAAAAUGAUAUUUUAAAGAGUGAUCUUAAAAAUAUGACCUGGUCAUUGCACAAUGUUUGCAUUUGAAAUGAAUUUUUGUACUAUAGGGUGGAUAUGGAGUUAUUCAGUGCAAGUGUGUGCUUAAUAUCAAACCCUAUGCAAGGAGCUAUGUCUAGAUUUUUGGUCCAAAUUUGCCUCCUUCAAGCCUACUAGUGUGAGAUGGAAAAAAAUCGAUUGCUCUUUAAAUAUUAUUUCCAUUUUGAAAUUCUCAACACUUGAAUGAAGGCAGUAGAGGCCUCUUUUUGGAUUUCUCUUCUAAUAACAAAACUUUAUUUAGGGAAGGUUUCCCUGUGCUAUUGUAAGUUUGUUUUGAGCACUGCAUUCACUUUAAAAUUCUGGAGGAACAAAGGCUGGGCACAUAUAAUCACAAAGCCCAGGCCACACAAUAAUUCGGGGUUGUAUUUUCUAAGAACUAUGUAUUGUUUUUAGCUUAUAGUUAAUAUUGUAUUUACUUGGAAAAAUGUGAAUAAAGUUAAUUAACAUUACAAGCUGA